GGUCCUUGUGUGGGGAUCUGCGAGAUGCACCCAUGCACCCACAGGUCUGAGGGGCUGUGUUGACAGCAGCAUCGGGACCAAAGGUCCCUCCUUGUGUCAUUGCAGUGCGGCUCCGUGCAUCACGUGUCUGUUUGCUCUGCUGUUUUGGAGAUGGCUGUGCCUCCACCCAGCUCAUGUUUCUCCCCCAGAGCAACCACGCGUGGAGAAUGACAUGUUCUGGGGGGCAUGGGUGGCACAAGGCACCCCCUGCCCUCUGGCCAGGGGGUUCACAUAGUGAUGGUGGCUCUGCUGCCACCACCGCCCCACAGCUCAGCAGUGAGCCAUCACCCCGUGGCACCUAGCCCACCCCAGUGCUCGGCCUUGGCUCCGUGCAUCCCAAAAUGCCGGGACACCAACCACAGCCAUCUCGCAGGUUGUGUCCUCCAAACCCAGCACUUGCUGCACUGUCCCUGUCGCGUUGGCUGCUGCUCGCCGACCUUUGAGCACCAGUGCCCAGUGUGCUGAUAAGGGCUGGGGGGGGCCGCAGUUGAUAAAAGCUGCACACUAAGCCAGUCCCUCUGUCUGUCCCUCUGUCCGUCCAUCUGGGCCGAAGAUGCUGCGCUUGGUCGGCCGUGCUGCGUGGUGCUGGGGGGCGAGGCGGGGGCCGGCGCGGGUACGCCCUGCGGCCAUGCAGCGGGCACGCCUCUCCAGCACUGCAGCGGUGGCCGGCACGUGGCCCAAGGACGUGGGCAUCCUGGCACUGGAGGUGUACUUCCCUGCACAAUAUGUGGAGCAGGCUGAGCUGGAGCGCUAUGAUGGUGUGGAGGCCGGCAAGUACACGCGGGGCCUGGGCCAGCAGCAGAUGGGCUUCUGUGCCGCCCAUGAGGACAUCAACUCGCUGUGCCUGACGGUGGUGCAGAGGCUGGUGGAGCGCGGGCGGCUCUCCUGGGACGCCAUCGGCCGCCUGGAGGUGGGCACCGAGACCGUCAUCGACAAGUCCAAGGCUGUCAAGACCGUCCUCAUGGAGCUCUUCCGCGAGUCGGGCAACACUGACGUGGAGGGCAUUGACACCACCAACGCCUGCUAUGGUGGCACAGCCUCGCUCUUCAAUGCGGCCUCCUGGGUCGAGUCCAGUGCCUGGGACGGACGCUACGCUGUGGUGGUGUGCGGAGACAUUGCCGUCUAUGCCACAGGGAACGCACGGCCCACAGGAGGUGCUGGUGCCAUCGCCAUGCUGGUGGGACCCAACGCCCCACUGGUGCUGGAGAGAGGCUUGCGGGGAACACACAUGGAGCACGCCUAUGACUUCUACAAACCUGACCUGUCUUCAGAAUACCCAGUGGUGGACGGUCCCCUCUCCAUCCAGUGCUACCUGCGGGCCCUGGACCGCUGCUAUGCUGUGUACCGCAGGAAGGCGGAGAGACAGUGGCAGCAGGCCGGCAUCCAGCGGCCCUUCACCCUCGACGACUUCAAGUUUAUCAUCUUCCACACGCCCUUCUGCAAGCUGGUGCAGAAGUCGGUGGGGCGGCUGCUGCUGAAUGACUUCCUGGCUGCCCCCAGCCCCGACACGGCCGCUGGGCUCUACAAGGGGCUGCAGCCCUUCCGCGGCAUGAAGCUGGAGGACACCUACACCAGCAAGGAGGUGGAGAAGGCCUUCCAGACGGCCAGCCAGGAGAUCUUUAACCAGAAGACCAAGCCCUCCCUGCUGCUCUCCUCCCGCAAUGGCAACAUGUAUACACCAUCUAUGUAUGGCUGCCUGGCCUCGCUCCUGGCUCAGUGCUCGGCUCAGGACCUGGCCGGCUCCAGGAUCGGUGCCUUCUCCUACGGCUCGGGGCUGGCCGCCAGCAUGUUCUCCCUCCGUGUCUCACAGGAUGCUGCCCCGGGCUCUCCCCUGGACAAGCUGCUCUCCAGUCUGGCCGAUCUGCCCGCCCGCCUGGACGCCCGCAAGCGUGUGGCCCCACAGGACUUCGCCGACAUCAUGAAGCAGCGCGAGGAGACCCAUCACCUGGCCAACCACACUCCGCACGGCUCCCAGGCAGACCUGUUCCCUGGCACCUGGUACUUAGAGCGGGUGGACGACAAGUACCGCCGGCAGUACGCCAGGAAGCCCAUGUAGGGCACAGAGUGGGGCAGCCAUCGGGGGGACAUGCAGACACAGGGGUGAAUGCAGCCAUCCUGGCGCUGAAGCAGGCAGUGUUUUCUGCGAAAACACAGGCGGUGUGGGGAAUAAAGCACGGAUGCAAGGGCAGCGCCCCGGCUCUAUCA